GUUGUUGUGCAGAAACGGCGGUUUCUUUACGAAAAAACGUAUGGAGUUCGUAAUGAGAAAGUUCGGUUUAAACUAUGUAAAUAAAAACAUAAAUAAAAGUUUUUGUGGAGGGACAUCGAGUUCUUGACGAAAAAAGAUGAAGUUCUUGUGGAGAAACUAUGAGUUCCUCAGGAAAAACGUUUUGAAGUUGUGGUGGAGGAACGUCGAGUUUUUCAGGAAAAAAGAUUCAGUUCUUGUUUUCACACAUCGAGUUUUCCAAGGAAAAGGGUGAAGUUGUUGUGGAGGAAUAUCUUGGAAAGAUAAAAGGAAUGUAUAAAUUCUUGUACGAUUCUGAACUUCUUAUUUUGAAUGCUGUUUUGAAUAUCUAUAAGUUACGUACUUAUAGCUGAAAAGAUAGGGUAAAUUUCCUUAUAUAAGAGGUUCCAAACUCGUGGAUUUAUAAGUUUUUGUGAAUACUUUAUGUUGCGUUUAUGCUUAAGUUACCGGAAAAUCAACAGAGCAAUGAGUUAAUUUUUGAUGAUAGUUUACAAUUUUAUGCGAUCAGAGCUAGAAAGUUUCACUUGUUCUGUAUUUUUCAACACAGUUUCAUUUUUUCUUUAAUAUACAAUACUUCUGUAUGUUUAUAGAAGACCGCUUCUAGAAUCAAAAACUGAACUAAAACUAUUACAGACUGCGAUGAUCAUUGUGGGUCUAGUACCAAAUCAUUAUAGGACUAACUGGUAUAUUAAAGGGGCCAAAGGACAUAAUCAAAUUUGAACUUGAUGAACAUGCAAGAUUUUUGUAUCCAUUACAAGUUGAUAGUCAUCAUCGUUAUUUGUCAGGUUUAACACUUGCUCUUGGUCUUAUUUACUGGAGUCAAAUUCCAAAUGUUAAACACUCUGGAGCUACAGUACGUUUACUAACAUUCCUUGUUGCUGCCGGUGGUCUAGGACGGUUGCUUGGGUGCUUAAUCACGGGCUCAAUUCCAGAUACAAUAAAUUUUAUUGGAUUGAUAAUGGAAUUAAUUUUUAAACCUUCAGUGGCUUAUUGGCAAUUGGAAAUAACUCAACGAAAAGAUGUUUAG